AUAAUAAAAUAUUUGUUUCGUCUAUCUUCAGUUAGACUUUACCAAGACUUCCGUACAAACUAACUUUCUGAAGUGAUAAAUCAAAAACGGGAGAAAAAUGAAACAUAUUACUCUUUUAGUGAAGAUUUUCUUCAUAUUUCUCUCAGCUCAGCCUGUUUUCACUGAAUCUGAACAACUGUGUACUCUAAGGCAAGACAUGGAUUACAGGAUAUCUGAAGAGCUGAUUUUGUUGAGGAACGAAGUGUUCACAGCUACGAGUGAGAUUGAAAGGCUACAAAAUGAAAUAAACGAACACAGAGAUGAGCAGAAAGUUGCCGGGGGUGACCUGUAUACGAGAUGGGGCCGCAGGAGUUGUCCUGACAACGGAACAACCCAAGUAUAUACCGGUUUUAUGGCUGGAUCGAGCAACUCUCAUACCGGUACGGGCUCUAAUUACAUCUGUUUAUCCGACAGACCGACGUGGGAUCACUAUUCGGGGUUAAAGAGUCAAGGAACAAUCACUGGCGUAGAGUAUCAGUUUUGGCACCAUCGGGAGACCGGUGCUGCAGAAUACUUCGGAGAUAACAUGUUCAACCACAAUGCCCCGUGUGCUGUGUGCUACACGAAAAGACGCGUGGCGGUGAUGCUCCCGGGAAGGAAUAAGUGUUACGACGGCUGGACGACGGAAUAUGAAGGCUAUCUCGUGUCCGGGCCUUACAGCGACAGCGGUGCUACUGAAUAUGUAUGCCUUGAUAGGCGUCCGGAAAAGGUGAUAAAUGGGGACAAGAAUGAUGACGACAACCGGCUUUAUUUAGUAGAAGGAACAUGCGGUGAAAGUUUAUCUUGCCCGCCGUAUGAGGCAGGUCGGGAGCUGACAUGCGUAGUAUGUUCUCUGUAACGUAUCUCGAUCGCGGACUGAUCGCGCUUCCAAAACAAAUGAACAAACAAACAAAAAGAAAACUCAUGAAUUGUUCCAUUUUCCACUUCUUUCGACAACUUACUUUUUGAUUUUAUAAUAAUCUGUCUGCGUGCAUAUUACUGAUGUAAUAAAGCUUCAGCCAUCAAAAAAAAUA